AGCAGAAAAUUAAUGAUCGUCAAAUCAAAGAUGAAGUGUCACUGAGCGGCGUUCAAAGCGAGCGGUUCGCUGCCACUGUCAAUCAAAUGGAAUACCUUUGCGUUGGAAAGCUACCGUGAGUGAUAAAGAGUGUGUGUAAGAGAGUGAGAAAGAAAAGAGCGAGCGAGGGAGAGAGGGAUAUUCUUUUGUACGACAACAGAAGCAAGUGUGGGCCAGCAGUGAACAAGUGGAGUAGCAAGUGAGACAAGUGAAGUCGCCGAACCCGACCCCGGAACUGCGACACGGGUCCUGUGCUGCGUAGCGUCCCGUUAACUGUAUGAUGAAUCCUUCCAACGAUGACACGACGAACUACAUGGUCUCAUCCUCAUCGUCAUCCUCGCACCUGCAGUCGGCCGCUGCCCUGCUCGCCUCCACGUUCGGGCUCGCCGACGGGACCGUCCUCUACAACCACAGUGUGCGCGACCGGGGAGACGCUGGCGCACUGGCGGCGGCAUCGGCGGCGUCAGUGGCAGGCACCGGGGGGCUCGAGAGCGCCACCGCCGGCGGGGACACGCUGUCCGUGUUCGAUGCGUCCGGCAGCAGCAUAAUGUUGCAGGGCUUCUCGUCCACCGCACCCAUCGGCGGCACGAUCGAGACGGUCGGGGCGAACGAAUCGAUCGUCGACGGGGGGAUCGACGCCGGUGGUGGCGAAUGGAUCGACGUGGUGCUGCUGGUGCUGAAGGCUUCCAUCAUGAUGUUCAUCAUCGUCGCUGCCAUCUUCGGCAAUCUGCUCGUCAUCAUCUCGGUUAAGCGCCAUAGGAAGCUAAGGGUUAUCACAAACUAUUUCGUCGUAUCGCUCGCCAUGGCUGACAUCAUGGUGGCGAUGAUGGCCAUGACAUUCAACUUUAGCGUACAAAUAACGGGAAGCUGGAAAUUUGGGUCGUUCAUGUGUGACGUGUGGAACAGCCUAGAUGUCUACUUCUCCACAGCCAGUAUACUUCAUCUUUGCUGUAUUUCAGUGGAUAGAUAUUAUGCCAUAGUGAAACCACUUAAGUAUCCCAUAAGUAUGACGAAGCGAGUUGUAGCGAUAAUGUUAUUAAACACAUGGAUAUCACCAGCGCUGUUGUCAUUCGUGCCCAUCUUUGCCGGUUGGUACACUACCGAAAAGCACAAGCAGGAGGUGCUCGAUAACCCGGACAGCUGCCUGUUCAUUGUCAACAAACCGUACGCGGUCAUCUCGAGCUCCAUCUCGUUCUUCAUCCCGUGCACAAUCAUGGUGUUCACGUACUUCCAGAUAUUCCGUGAGGCCAACCGGCAGGAGAAGCAGCUGGCCCUCCGCCAGGGCACUGCCAUGCUGAUGCACCAGCACAAUACGGGCGGGGGCGUUGGUGGUGGUGGCAGCGGCGGCGGCACCAAUGGGGAGGCGCUCAGUGGCAGCGGUUCCUCCAAGACGCUCACGCUGCACGAGGUGGACGCUGAGCAGACGCCGACCAAGGAUCGGCAUCUGAUAAAGAUGAAGCGAGAGCACAAGGCUGCCCGGACGCUUGGCAUCAUUAUGGGAACGUUCAUACUGUGCUGGCUUCCGUUUUUCCUCUGGUACAUCAUCACGUCGCUGUGUGACCGGUGCCCCAAUCCGGACAUUGUCGUUGCGCUGGUCUUCUGGAUCGGGUACUUCAACUCGACGCUCAACCCGCUCAUCUACGCCUACUUCAACCGGGACUUCCGGGAAGCGUUCCGCAACACGCUCGACUGCAUGUUCUGUGCCUGGUGGCGCCGGGAAACGUCCCCGCUGGACAUCAACGUUCGGCGGGCGAGCCUCCGGUACGACUGCCGGGCGAAGAGCGUCUACUCCGAGAGCUACCUGCGGCCCUCGUCCCAGACCGACCGGUUCCACAGCGAGAUCGGCGAAAGUCUGUAACGGCGGUACGAUGACGUCGAUGCGGAGGCCACCGAGUGUACCCGUUUGUUCUGAGCGCAGCCGAGCGAGAUCUGCCCGACCCCAUACAGACACCAGCCAGCCGUGCGGCACUGUUGUUUGCUAUGCAUGCCAAAGAAGACUUGACCCCCGGACAAAAGGUACGCCGUAUGGUACGCCGCUUGCAGUUCAGCAGAAAAGGGGAGCCAGCCGUCACAAGCAGUCGUUACCAAGUGAUACGUUACUAUCUUGUUUUUGUUACUGUACACUAUAUAGCUGUUAAGAGUUUGUAAUGCGUCGGAUUCUAUUGCUUGGUUAUGUAUUUAUUACCUUCUAGCGGAUAGUUUAUUGUGCCGUUCAUCGAGGUCGAAGUCUGUUUAGUUGCGUAGUUGUUUUCUUCUUCUUCUAUUACUAGCUCUUAGCUACUGUUACGAGACCUGUCGUGGUUUUGACUGUUCGGUAUGCCUAUGUUGACAAAAAAUUGUUAGUUUUAGGAAGUGCGUACAGUUUAAUGACUUUAAACCGAUGCCCUUAGAUGAACAAAGAUGUCCAGCUAUGAGAUUCGUUAUUGGGAACGCUUUGCCCUUACUCGUGAAGACAUACCAUCAAAUGGGUGAUCCGACUUUGCUCUACUAUCUGUUGAUGAUAUUUCCCCCAAUAGUGACUUUCUGCUUGCGUCCAGCCAACCAAAACUUCCCAAAAUUAGCUCCUACUCAUGUGUGAAUCUUUGACGCCAGUAGACAAGAAAAACAACAACAAACAGCUCACAGUGCACUUUUGCCCAUCUGUCAAGCCAAAAGGGCAUAGUGCGAAAGUACGCACACGGAAUGUAGGCAGAUAGGUGCUUUUAUUAAUAGCAAGCGCAUUGGACAUUGGCCCUUUCCUAUCGCCCAACCUACGCCACCUAUAUCGCGCUGCCGAAUCGCUGCCAGUUUUAUCCAACCCGCGCGCGCGUGUGUGUGUGAGAGAGAGAGAGAGAGUGUAUGCUACAUUCACCGCACGAACCGCGAUCCGUGUUGCUAAUGAUCUGUAUCGUGCAGGGCUAAGCUGUGGUAUGCGCUCCCACGCCUCUCGAAGGUGCUCGAAAGUGCAACGAAUCUUGGUGUAGAAAUGGCCAUAAAAAUCUCACUACAAAUGUCGCACAAUGGAAAGACAGGUGGCAAUGUGAACCGGCAGACAGGUGGGAUAUAUCGUAUAGGCAGUAAGAUCAAUUUAUCACCAUACAUUCAUACGUACAAGCGGGCAGUGGACUCUGAAAUACAUUCUUCAAAAUACACACAACCACACACACACACACACAUGCAGAGCGUAUAACACUAUUCAAUGCGGGUAUUUGUUUGUAAGAAUUCGUAGAUCGUACUUCAGACACUGUUGUGUAGCGUAGCAAAAGGGAUAGAAUCAGAAGAGUAUUAGAGAAAAGUGAAUACAAAAGGAAUAAAUAAAACAACAGCAUGACGACAAGCCAGUGAUCGGAAAUGAAUGUUAAUAUUUAGCAU